AUGGACAAAAAGGUGGAACGCGAGGGGGCUGAAGUGAGGAGAUCAUCAUCAAUGCAGAAUCUUCAAUGGGGAAUUACUUUGCCAACCACUGAAAAAGAAUUUCUGCAACAAGAGAAACAUAGCUCUAAUCUUCCAUCUCCGAAAAGGAAAAAUGAAAUGAAGAGGAAAGCGGCCCAACAAGAAAGCUGGGAAAAGAUGGCAUAUCCUACGAAAGAAAAUGGACUUGGCACUAGGUCUCUUAGUGAUGUGCUUGAUGCUUUUUUCAUGCAAAAUGUGGUGGAAGCUCUUGUCAAAAACGGGAAUCAUGUUGAAAGCAUUCGGCAUAACUUCUUUGAAUGUUCUUAUGCUAAACAUUGGAGACAUUUUGGAGCGAUUAUGGUCUUUGCAAACAAUGAAAUUUUGGAUUUUGAUGAUCUUUCAUCUACAUGGUGGACAAGAAGACAAUCUUCAAAGCUGACUUGGAAGCUACAGAUUCUCCUCCCCUCUCUCAUUUGUUGGCAGCUGUGGAAAUGUAGGAAUAAAGCUAUUUUUGAGUCAACAAUAAUCUCUCCACACAUUGCAGUGAGACUUAUUGUCCAAGAUCUACACAUUAUGGCAAAAGCGGUGCCUUUUAAAGCAUCCUCAGCCAAGGAUUCAAGCUUUGUAACUGCAUGA